AUCAGAUUGUCCCCAGUUUCGUUAAUCGGCCCCACCGCGCGGCCCGGCCCGGCUCGUCCCAGGUCGACCAAUAAGGAUUCUUCCUUGGCGGGGACUCGUGGCCAUUGCUCUGGCGUCCGCGUGUAUACAUGUUUGAACACUCACUAUAAAUAGUACAGUUACUUUCCAAACACUCCCGCUCGGCGGAGUGCCGGUAGCAAAGGGUAGUGCUUUCACUCCCAGCUCCACUUCUCUCAGGUUAAAAGGAGUUUCUAGAGGUUCUUAUUGUCCACAGAAAAUAUUGCAAGGAUUAUUGUGUUGUUUAACGACUGAGCAGUUUGAUCCAUCAUGGAAUUGGUGGUGGUGGUGACAGCGGUAGUGGUGCACAUCUAUGUGUAAAUGCAAAGGAGAAGUGAACGUGGAAAUAAGAAGGAAAACAGCAUAAAGGACGAAUUGGCUGAACCCAAUCCUCCCAAAAUGGAGGGGAAAGAUGUAGUUAAACAGGAGCUGGGUUCUUCAGAAAACAGUUUAGUUAAUACAGAUGUUUCUAAAGAUGGUUCCAGUGUACAACAUGGUGCAACUCUUGGAAAUACGGGUAGCCCUGGGGAGGUAAACAUGGAGGCCUCCAUAGCAUCCAAUGAUGUUAUUCAAGCUGGAGGCUUUGGGGCUAGAGAUGAUAUAAGUAGUUUUCUUCCUGUCGCAAGUGAUUUUACAGACUUCGAAGCUUCACUUCGGAAUGCGCGGGACUACGAAGAGCCAGAGGCUGCAACACAUAGACCAGGUCUUGGCUGGACUGAAGCUACAGAUUCAAAAUAAUAUGCUUUGAUACUGUUACGUUUGAAGUUGUUGCAGUCAGAGCACUCAAGACUCUGAGUUCUGUUGUAAAAUAUUAAUUUAUGGCUAUGAACUAUUUUAUAAAACAGCUAUUUGCUAUCUUCAUAAGAGUAAAAAAUGAUUUUGCAUA